UCUUCUUCUUCUUCUUCUUCCCAGUUCUCGGUACUGUAGUAUUCAGGGAAGUGAAAAAGCUUCAAUAAAAGCCAUUGCCGCCAUCAAACCAGAGCUCCCACUGCUCCCUCUCUCUCCCUCCCCCCGUCGCGUCUUCUCGAUCUUUCCGACACCAUGGCUUCAGAUGCUGAUAUGGAGGAUUAUGGUUUCGAGUACUCAGACGAGGAGCCCGAGGAACAGGAUGUCGAUAUCGAGAAUCAGUAUUAUAACUCUAAAGGUAUGAUUGAGACCGACCCGGAAGGAGCACUGGCAGGCUUUGCUGAGGUGGUGCGCAUGGAACCUGAGAAAGCUGAGUGGGGAUUCAAGGCUCUAAAGCAAACUGUCAAACUUUAUUAUCGUCUUGGGAAGUACAAAGAAAUGAUGGAUUCUUACAGAGUGAUGCUAACAUAUAUCAAAUCAGCAGUGACCCGGAAUUACAGUGAAAAGUGUAUAAACAAUAUUAUGGAUUUUGUUUCUGGAUCAGCUAGUCAGAAUUUUGGUCUCCUUCAAGAGUUCUAUCAGACAACUCUGAAGGCCCUUGAAGAGGCAAAGAAUGAGAGGCUAUGGUUCAAGACAAAUCUUAAACUCUGCAAGAUAUGGUUUGAUAUGGGCGAAUACGGGAGAAUGAGUAAGAUUUUGAAGGAACUCCACAAGUCCUGUCAACGAGAGGAUGGUACUGAUGACCACAAGAAAGGAAGUCAGCUUUUGGAGGUUUAUGCUAUCGAGAUCCAAAUGUAUACUGAAACUAAGAACAACAAAAAACUCAAGCAAUUGUACCAGAAGGCCCUCGCAAUUAAGUCAGCAAUACCUCAUCCGAGGAUAAUGGGCAUUAUCAGGGAAUGUGGAGGGAAGAUGCACAUGGCCGAGAGGCAAUGGGCUGAUGCUGCCACUGAUUUCUUCGAAGCUUUCAAGAACUAUGAUGAAGCUGGAAACCAAAGGCGUAUUCAGUGCCUGAAAUACUUGGUCCUUGCUAAUAUGCUGAUGGAAUCUGAAGUUAAUCCAUUUGAUGGUCAAGAGGCAAAGCCAUACAAAAACGAUCCCGAGAUUCUAGCCAUGACAAACCUUAUAGCAGCAUACCAACGAAAUGAGAUAUUAGAGUUUGAGAAAAUCCUAAAGAGCAACAGAAGAACUAUAAUGGAUGACCCCUUCAUCAGAAAUUAUAUUGAGGAUCUAUUGAAGAACAUCAGGACUCAAGUUUUGCUCAAACUUAUCAAACCUUACACAAGAAUUCGCAUCCCUUUCAUAUCAAAGGAACUUAAUGUGCCUGAGAAAGAUGUUGAGCAAUUGUUGGUUUCUCUGAUUUUGGACAAUCGAAUCGAUGGACAUAUCGACCAAGUAAACAGGUUGUUAGAGCGCGGUGACAGAUCUAAGGGCAUGAAGAAGUACGCUGCCAUAGACAAAUGGAACACACAGCUGAAGUCUCUCUAUCAAACCAUUAGCAACAGAGUAUAUUAACUUCGAGUGCAUAGACUUUGUUAUAUCGGCCUUUUUGUUUAUUCCCAUUUUUUGGGGCAAUAUCGCUUUGUUCGAAUUGAUUGAGAGCUGCAAGAACUUUUUGUUACGCUUUACUGUGAAGCCUCUGGUCUUGCACAAAGCUGUUGGCAGUCAAGUGUUGGGAUUUAGUUCGUUACAUAAUUGGAUUCAAUACGCGAUGGUUAAUGAUGUCUUUCUCUUCUUUUGAA